CUUCCCGCCUCUAUAUACACACGCACACCACAGCACCGCCCGCGCACUCGACUGACAUCUGCUCUCCACUGACUACUCCGAUCCGGCCCGCAGCUAGCCCAAUCCCUCCAAUGGCAGCAGCCGCGAUCCUCCUCCUGCUCUUCGCCUUCGGCGGCGCGACGGCGCAGGUGUUCCCACCGUGGAACGGCACGUUCCCGAUAGGGCCCGGCUUCGGCAGCGUGGGCUCGGGGCCCGGGGCGGCGGCGGCGGGGACGACGGGCGUGCCGGCGAUGUUCGUGUUCGGGGACUCGCUGACAGACAACGGCAACAACAACGACCUGACGUCGCUGGCCAAGGCCAACUACCUGCCCUACGGCAUCGACUUCGCCGGCGGGCCCACCGGACGCUUCUCCAACGGCUACACCAUGGUCGACGAGAUCGCUCAACUCCUGGGCCUGCCGCUGCUGCCGGCCAACUCGGAGGCCUCCGGCGACGCCGCCCUCCAUGGCGUGAACUACGCCUCCGCGGCCGCCGGGAUCCUGGACAACACCGGCCAGAACUUCGUGGGGCGCAUCCCGUUCAACCAGCAGAUCAAGAACUUCGAGCAGACGCUGGACCAGACGAAGCGCAAGCUGGGCUCGUCCCUGGCGCGCAGCAUCUUCUACGUGGGCAUGGGCAGCAACGACUACCUCAACAACUACCUCAUGCCCAACUACAACACCCGCAACGAGUACAACGGCGACCAGUACUCCACCCUCCUCGUGCAGCACUACACCAAGCAGCUCAACAGCUUGUACAACUUGGGCGCGCGGAAGUUCGUGAUCGCCGGGGUGGGGUCGAUGGCCUGCAUCCCCAACAUGCGCGCGCGGAGCCCGCGCAGCGUGUGCUCCCCGGACGUGGACGACCUCAUCGUCCCCUUCAACAACAAGGUGAAGGCCAUGGUGAGCAGCCUCAACGCCAACCGCCCGCGCGCCAAGUUCAUCUACGUCGACAACUACGCCAUGAUCUCCGAGGUCCUCCGCAACCCCGGGUCCUACGGAUUCAGCGUGGUCGACCGCGGGUGCUGCGGCAUCGGGAGGAACCGUGGGAUGAUCACCUGCCUGCCGUUCCAGCGGCCGUGCCCCAACCGGAACACCUACAUCUUCUGGGACGCCUUCCACCCCACGGAACGGGUGAACGUGCUGCUCGCCAGGGCCGCAUUCAAUGGCGGCACCGACGUCGCCUUCCCCAUGAACAUCCAGCAGCUCGCCGCAUGGCAGCCGUAGACGGCGGAGAGAUCGAUAGUAUCCUCUCAAGGAGUGUCCAUCAUAUCGAUGCAUGGUUUUGCAGCAGCAGUGUGUGGUACUAGUAGUAUAUAUGGUCAUGUACGUGCAGGAGGGAGCUGAACCGAGUGACGGUGUGUGUCCAGUGUCCUGUUUGGAGUAGAAGCAUGUCUGUUGUUUUUUGUUCGUCAGUGUUCAGUAGUACCUGUACCAGAUCAGGGAGAUCAGCGGAGUUAUUCAGUAGAUUUGUGUGGUUGUCUUCAGUGUUUGCCAGUUUAAUGAUAAUAAAGCUGUACCUUUAAUCGUGUUGCUC